AUGGCUGGAAUUCAACUUGCAGAUGAAGUCACUAGUGUUUACAAUGAUUUCAAAUUAUCUCAUAAGUUUAGAUAUAUUGUCUUUAAAAUGAACGAUGGUAUGACUGAAGUUGUUGUUGAAAAGACUGCUGAAAAGAAUGCAACAUAUGAUGACUUCCUUAAGGAUCUUCCAGAAAAGUCAGCCAGAUAUGCUGUUUAUGAUCUUGAAUAUGAUACUCCAGAAGGAUUAAGACAAAAGAUUAUCUUCUACUUAUGGACUCCAGAAGGAUGUAAGAUUAGAGAAAAGAUGUUAUAUUCUGCUACUAAAGCUACUAUUAAACAAGCUCUUGUUGGUCUUUCAGCUGAAAUUCAAGCUACUGAUGCUGGUGAAUUAAAUUUGGACGAAGUUAUUGCUAAAGUAAAAACUAUUUCAAAAUAA